AUGAAAAACCAGCUGAACAAACAAUUGGAGAAGGUAGAAAAGGCAGCAGCAAAUAAUAUCAAAAUUGAAGAUCUCAAAAAAAAAGUGGAAGAAGACGAAAAAAAGUUUAAAGAAUUGGAACAAGCAUAUCGAAAUAAUGACAGAAAACGUUGUGUUAUUUCCUAA